AUGGACCAGGCAAAUGACGACAUGAUUGGAAUAAGAAAACUUACAUACUGGAAGACAUAUGGGGUUAAACGUUUUCCUUACCGUGGAAAGCGCAAAUACACCCCAUUGGUUUACCAGGCUGAUAAUGGAGGAAUCGUUAUCUCAAAUGACAUUUUCGGAUUGACAAUCAGACAGUUUGAACGCAUGUAUAAAGAUUGUUUAGAUAGAAGAAAAACACACGAAAAUUGGAUAAUGAAUCUUCGAUAUCCCGACAAAACUUCAAAUGAAUAUCUGGAAUACUUAGAUCAGUGUACAGACUGCAAUAAAGAGUUUUUGUCUUGGACUGAAAAUGAUUCUAUAAACAACCACUUGGUUAAACACCUGAUAAGAACAAUAGGUAAUGAAAUAGACAUACGUAAAAGACAACUUUUGUUUAUCUUACAUGAUAUAAUAUCCAAUGCAAAUGACGAAAAUUUAACACAAAUAUCCAGUGGGAGUUUAGCAGAAGGACUGGAUUUACCUGGAAGUGACAUAGAUAUCAUGUUUGUCGAUGAAAUAGUAAACGUAACACGGAUUAAAAGAAAUAUUAAACAUCCGGUACAACGUACUGAAGUAUUUAUGGAGACAGAUGCUGAUCAUCCUGGAUUUACUAGACUCAGGUUGGUAGCAGGAGGGACAAGAAAAAGCACUUUUCUAUCUCCGAAAUGUUUUGUCAGUACACACACAGGUCAAUAUUUAUCAACGACCACCUUUGUAAAUCGUCUAAAGCAGAAACACCAGAAGCAUCGACAGAAUUUCACAACACACGGUCCCUGCUUAUCAGAUAAAAAUCAAACUUUUGAUAUUGCAUGCUGCCUAAGAAGUACAUAUUUGCCGUACAAUUCUUUGCCCUGGAUAUUCCGUUAUCGACGGCAAUGGCCCCCUAAUGUCACCAUUGACAGGAUAAUAAAUAACGGUUGUUUGUUAGUACCUGUUGGACCCAGGAUUAUGCCAAAUUGUGAUUUGUUAUGGAGAAUAUCUUUCUCUGUUGCAGAAAAACAACUUGUACAUUCGUUUAAUUUCACUCAACUCUUGUGUUACGGUCUUCUUAAAUUAACAUUAAAGCGUAUUGUAAACACAAACGACGUGGUCAAAGAUUUGUUGUGUUCUUACUUUUUGAAGACGGCUUUAUUCUGGGUCUCAGAGGAAGUAGAUAUUGACACAUUUAAAUUACCUAACUUGUGUAUUUGUUUUUCUCUUUGCCUAAAUAAGCUGAUAUCAUGGGUAAACACCUGUUACUGUCCAAACUAUUUCAUACCUGAACACAACAUGUUCUUAGGAAAGAUCAAUCAAUAUAACAAUUACUCACUACUCAGUGUACUGAAUAGUAUAAAGUAUAGUGGAAUUAGUGGAUUGAUGCAGAAUUUAUUUCAUUCUUAUCCUUGUAAAAAAAAGUGUUAUCCACCAUAUAGUGAAACCAGCGUACAAUCAAUAAUAAUGUUAGACUUUCUGUUUUACAGAAUUCCUCAUUUGUUGAAGAAUGGUUCGAGAAUGACGUCAAAUCUUACAAAAAUAUAUAAAGUACUAAAAAAUAUUAAAUUUUUACAAAAUUCUGAAUCGUCUACAUUUCAUAUAAGUGUUUGUAAGUAUCAUUAUGCUUCCAUCAGUCAACAAGCUGCACAACGAUUACCGACACUAAAACAAAUUAAAACAAAUUAUAAAAUACGUAGAAGUUACCAUAGACAUUUACAUGACGGUUUACAGAGUGAUGCUGUGACAGGUUGGUUGUUAUACGCGUCGUUUUAUUAUGUAACAGAACAGUACAAUGUAACACUCAGACUUACGGAGUAUGUGCUAUCAAAAUGUUUACCCGAUAUAGUGUGUUUAACAGAAUCGUAUUACAGUGAAUCAGUAAUAGAUAAUUAUAGACAUCGUGUACAUUAUUCAAUGUCAUUGAAUGCAAAGAUGAAAACAUAUGUUUUAGAUAAUAUCAUAUACUUACAAUACUCAUCAUUAAUACCACAAGAACUAGAGCUGGAGGUAGAAUACGAUUUAUUUAUAAUAUCACCUAUUGUAAUGUCUCACUGUCUAAGAUUUCUAUGCUAUCAUCAUAUUGGUGAUACUUUCAACAGACAACAGGAAUUACGUCAUUUAUUUUUACCACGUUAUGAAUCAAUGUGUUCACUCUCUAAUACAUAUACACUAAUUGGAGUAUGUUGUCAAAUAUCCGGUGAUAAGGACACAGCUUUUCAAUGUUAUGAUCAAGCUUUGCAAUGUGAUAGGUUUAUAUGUACCACAGCAGAAAACAGGAAGUCAAGACUUUUAAACAUCUAACAUGUCUAAAUCAAAGUUGUAUCCAUGCAGAGAUAAUGUCUCAUUGAACCUUACUAUGACCCUUAAGGACAAACCUUAUAUACAUGUGUUAUCGAGCUGCACUUUGAAAUGAAUGUUAGUUUCUUGCUUAAUUUAAAUUAUAUCACGAUACAAUAAUGUAUGGAAAUAAUGUCGACGAAAGUUGAUAUACACGUAUUCAUUCUGAAAGGAAAUUAUAUAUAUAUAUGGAUACAUCUGUUGUAGGGUUGUCACUGUCUCAGACGUACUUAUGAAUAUAAUUAUUUUCUGUGACUGUAUCUUACAUUAAUUUGUAGGAUCCUUUACUAUAGAUAAUAUAGCUGAUCUGUAACAAUAACAUCUUCAUGCCUUAUAUAUCAUGUACUGUAGUACGCCACUAGAUUAAAACUGACGUGGAAAGGUAACACAUGCCCACCG